AUGUUCUCGAAGUACACCUGCCUACUUGGCAGCCUCGCUCUACCCUCCGUUGUUCUAGCAGACGGGGCCUUCCAUACCGCAUCCUACUUCGUCUCAUACGUCACUCAGUUCAAGGGCACGCUCGUUGUCCCUCCAAGAGUACCCAGCGGUGGCACAACAUAUGUCUGGCCAGGCCUCCAGCCUCCAGACAACUCAGGUGUUUUGCAGAAUGUUCUCGACGGACGGAACAAUCACUGGUACUUUGGCAACACAUACUACGGCACACCGAGUGAGCCCUACGGCGGUGGUGUCGAUGCCUCGGUCAAUCAACAACUUGGCUUCUCCAUGAUUGAAGACCCCGUCGGCAGCGGAAAUUGGACCAUCAAUUCCACCUCCGCCAGCGGACAAUCAGUCAGCUACGACUUCGGGGUCCAAAAACGUCUCAAUCAAGCCCUCUUCGCUGUCGAGCUCUACGACAACAACUGGGACUUCGGCAACGUAGUCUUCCAAAACGUUCAAGUAGUCGCCGAGACGAGCGAGACGAGUUGGUGUACUGCAAAUCCACAGUAUACAAAUGUGACCAUCGAUUUCGAAGGGUGUCGUCGAGCUCGAGCGGUGGAUUUGUGA